AUGGCGAACCCGCACCCAUUCACCGUUACAACAACCGCCCUCACAUCCAGCUCUUCGGCCCCAGACGCAAACCCGUGCUGUCCCAACUGCGGAUAUUGCAUCUCGGCCACUAGUCCCAGUCCUGCCAUAGUUAGCUCGACGACCGGCGCCGCCGCCGCGACUAGCCCUAUCGCCGCCGAAGUGGAUUCGCAACGGUUGCCCAGCGCAGCCGAAACCGAACUCGCCGCAGCCCAGCAACACAUUACGGAUCUCGAAGCGCAGAUUCAAGAGCUCAACGAAAGGCCACGGCGGCCAUCUACCGCUGGGCCGACUACGAGAACGAGCUCGCGCAAUUGCGCGGCUCGCUCCACUCCCCGCCACCCUCACGGCGCCUUCCACGAAUCCUUCGCCUCUUCCCUCACCACCCCCGCCCCGAUCCGCGCCUCUUUUCUUCCAUCCCCGCGCCGCAUCUCCUCCCUCCUAGCACCGCGGAAAUCCACCCCCAACCUACGCGUGGGCCCGGCCGGGCCCGACUCGGUGGAGGACUUGACGGCUGCGUUGGCCCGCGAGCAAAAUCUACGUAAAGACGCCGAGGCGCGGCUUCGGCGCACCAGCGCGGAGGUCGAGGAGCUGAGCGCCGCCCUGUUCGAGCAGGCCAACGAGAUGGUGGCCACGGAACGGAGGGCACGAGCCAAGCUUGAAGAACGGGUGGGGGUACUAGAGGCGAGGGAGGACUCUAAGAAGAGAAGGCUGGAAAUUCUGGAGGAGGCGGUAGGAAGGAUGCAAAAGGUGCGGAACGUGCUGGACCAACAGCGAGAGAAGGAGCGAGGGAACAAGCCUGCGAUGAGAGCACGUUCUGAAGGGCAGAUUAACCCGAUGGUUUCGGCCGAAGACAUGCGCGAAGGAGCAGUUGCUGGGACCGAGAAAGUCUUCCACGUCGACAGCACGACGAUUUCUGAGGGAAAGACUGGGCCGCACCGUGAGACGAGUAUCUCUGAAACGACUAUAGUAUCUAAGAAUAUGGCGACAACGGUCGUCACGGAAGUCGAGUUGGUCUAG